CCUGCUUCCUGUAAAGAGAGCUACAUCAGUCACUCUGCAUGGAAGUACAAGCGAGCAACUCCUAGCUAUGGCUGAUAAGCUUCAUGGAUUGCGAGCAGAAUUUGUGAAGCGCUGCAACAUUGCAGUCCUACAACAGCUGUUGGAUGACUUACAGGAGGAAGGGAUACUCAAUAGUCCGGAGGUGGAAUCCAUCGUUGAAGGAAACAGUGUGUGUAGUGACAAAUGCCGUGCGCUGGUUGAUAUGGUGAAAAAAAAGGGCGACUUUGCCAGCAAUGUACUGAUCCAACACAUUUUACAAAGAGACCAGACACUUAGUAAGACACUGGGGAUAACAGCACCUGAGGAGCUCCCAUUGCCAACACAGGAACAGAAGAAUAUACAACCCAGCCAAAAAGCACCAGGUGAGCUCCCAUUGUCAACACAGGAACAGAAGACUAUACAACCCAGCCAAACAGAAGUUAAUGGAAUCACGCUGUGCUCGGAGAAUGAAUAUCAGGAGAUCAUCGCUAGAGAAAAGGAGAUAUACCCUAUACGUCUCCAUGGCAAGGGUACGCGCACACGCCUGGCACUGAUUAUUUGUAACAUUAAGUUUGAUCAUCUCAAUGAACGGCUUGGGGCAGAGUGUGAUUUGAGUGGAAUGAAGAGUCUGCUAGAAGGACUUGGCUACAAAGUUCAAUAUGCAACUAACCUGACCACCCAGGUGAUGCGAGACACAAUGAAGACAUUCGCUGCUGAGAGUCAGCACAAGGAAUCUGACAGCACCUUCCUGGUGUUCAUGUCUCAUGGAGAGAAAGACGUCAUUUGUGGUACUGACAGUCAGAAAAUAGAAGAUGUAAAAGGUCAGCACAAGGUGGAGGGAACUCUUCAUGUGGACGAGAUCUUCAAUAGCUUCAACAAUGUCAACUGCUCCGGACUGCGGGAUAAGCCAAAAGUUAUCAUUAUCCAAGCCUGUCGUGGGGAUGAGAAGAGCAAAGUGAUGGUCAGUGACAGCACUGCUGCUCCACCUAGUCCGCCCCCAGAGUUGGAUGAUGACGUAAUUCGCAUGGUCCAGAAAGAACGUGACUUCAUCUGCUUCUAUUCAACAACCCCAGACACCCUUUCCUGGAGAUGUAAGAAAACAGGUUCCUUGUUUAUCCAACGUUUGAUUAAAGACAUGAAACAAGAUGCUCACUGCUCUUCCCUAGAGGAUAUCUUCCGCAAAGUCCAAUAUUCCUUCAAGGAUGAUGUGCAGAUGCCAACGCAGGAGAGAAAGACUCUCAUGAAGAAAUUCUUCCUAUUCCCUGGAUUGUGACAGCUCCCUCCGGUGCCAUACCAGCUGGUUUACAGUCCACAGUAGAAUACAGAAAACUGACCAGACUAAGCUGUGCCAUCUACUACAAUGUGUCCACCAGCAAUGAUCCGAGCCGGUGGUACAGUAAACAAUAUGCUAGUACAGCAAGGUUUGCUCCGAGCAUUACCGUACUACAAAUCCAAGGAUUAUUUGAGUACAGAAAAUAAUGUUUUUUAUGUAGCGCAUAUGCAGCCUAAAUACACAAUACUGGACAAAUAAAUAUAUUUGUUUAAUAUAUUUUUUUUAUAUCAAACAACAAUAAAGUCUCAUGUGCCAUGUU